CUGGCCACUCUUCAACCAUGAGCGUGAGUGUUUUGCCCCUGUCUCCCGUUGGACCCCCCAGAUACGUUUCACCGAUGGGGACUCCCGGUGGGGCGUUCACUUUCGACAGGGAAGGUCGAAAAUCUCCUUUUUGGGCUUCGAAACCGGUAGUCCCAAUGCACUACUCUUCUUUCUCUAUUUCCAAGCUUUCGAUCCCGUCAAACCCAAUUCCUUCAUUCCCAAAAAGCCUAUCACCAAACUGCACACUCAUCUUUGUUCUGAUAUACUUUACAUCAACCCGCCGGCCGGACUAAUACUAACAAAAUGAGCCAGUACGGAUACGGCGGAAGGCAAAACCCCUUCGAUGAUAGGGGUGACGGCGAUGCAGGUGGCUAUGGAGGACCACAGCCACCACGACCUCCCCCAGGGCAGUUUGGCGGCGGUCCUAGACCGGGCGGUAACCGGGGACCGACCAUGGGGCGGGAUGACUAUUCAUCAAGCCAAAACGUCGAGAUGGCAUCUCUGACCCAAAACGGAGCUGGAUUCAGCGGUCAGGGCGCUUCCGGCAACAGCGACCCUAACUUCAUCCUCAACGAGUGUCGAUCCAUCGACGAUGGAGUCGGCCAGAUCGAGGGUAACCUCAACCAGCUGCGCAUGCUCCAGGACAGGUCUCUCAAUGAGGCCGACGCCACAGGCUCCCAGACGCAGAGGCAGCUCGACUCGCUCUCGUCCGAGACCAUGGCCAUGUACCGCGCGCUGACGGACCGCGUGCGCAAGGUCAAGUCGAGCCCCGAGGCUUCGCAGGCGCGCAACACGGCGCAGGUCAACCGCGUCGACCGCCGCCUCAAGGCUGCAAUCAACCAGUACCAGCAGAUCGAGUCAGGCUUCCGACAAAAAUCUCGCGACCAACUGGAGCGGCAGUACCGCUACGUUCGGCCCGACGCUGACGACCGCGAGGUCCGUGACGCCGUCGAGGAUGCGGCCAACGGUGGUGGGCAGAUCUUCCAGCAGGCCCUGAUGCAGAGCGACCGCAGGGGUCAGGCCCGUGCCGUCCUCAACGCCGUCCAGGACCGUCACGAGCAGAUGAAGAAGAUUGAGCAACAGAUGAUUGAGCUAUCGCAACUGUUCCAAGACAUGGACACUCUCAUCGUUCAGCAAGAAGUGCAGGUUGCCCAGAUUGAGCAGAAGGGCGAGGAGAUUGUCGAGAAUCUGGACAAGGGUAACGAGGAGAUUGUGGUCGCCGUCGAGACGGCCAAGAAGACGAGGAAGAAGAAGUGGAUCUGCUUGGGGAUUUGCAUUACUAUCGUGGUUGUCAUCGCGGCCAUCAUUGCAAUUUACUUUUUGAUCAUCAAUCCGCCUCGAGCGCAGAGCUCCAACAAUAACACAUCAGCACCGGCAGCCACUACCACCGCCACCGCCAAUUCCAAUCCGAAACGUAGCUUAGGGAACGGCCUAGAGCACGUUGACUUUGACGGCGAGCGACCUGUAUUCAACAUUUACGCCCAGUCCAAGAUCGUCCUUACAGAAGAUGAGUUAAACGCCAAAACCGAGGAGUCAACGCCCCUGGGUCACAUUGCCCGCAAAUCGUCCGCCAUGAAGCGAUGGGUGGUCACGGAUGAUGCCACCCCCAGCGCAGACCCCACCGGUCCGCUUGGCCAGGCAGUCUCCAACAUGCGCAGCGAGGGCGGCGAGUUUCAGAGUAGCAGUCGAGCAUUUGAGGGCUCGCGCAAGAGCAAGAGGCUCGCGCUGUCAGGAGGGAAAGCAUUUGACAUUGACAGCUCCAAGCUUGUGGUUCGGGCCACAAAGACUCAGUAAAUUUUCGAGGGAAACGCAGUCUUGUCAAUUUCUUCUGUUCUUUCUGGCGACUGCAUUUUUGUUGGCUAUUCACGGUGAAACAUUUUUUUGGUGUUUUUCGGAGGGGCUGGGAUGUCUGAUUUCCAGUUUUGUUUUAUUUUAUUUUGUCCAUCUUCAAGAUCACCAAAAGAGGGAAAACGCCUCGCGGCUUGAUGUCGGAGGAUCGUAGUCUGUUGUUCCUUUUCUUUUGUUUAUUUUCUUGACCCCUCUGUAUAUCUGGAGUCUUUUGUUUCUUGGAAGCAUUAUAGGCGUUUAAUCAAGACUUGAUAUCCCUUUAUCACUCUUUUUUCGUGGUUUGUUGGGCAAGUUGAUGCUGAGCAUUUCGGUUUCCGGUUGGACUAGAUUAUCUGUGCAUUGUAUACAUGUCUUUCAUAGGGUCCUAGAUAACUCGCCAGUGAUAGAUUUUAUCACUAUAUUCUAUCCAUGCGAGGAUCGCUAUAUCUCAUAGGCUCCGUCAUGGUCUACCCAAGCCGUCUCUCAUCUGGAUUGUACUCUUCCCCGCGCGCAUAUGGCUGGUGAGGCCCGGUUUCCUCUCCAGCUCUGACACGAGUUUCCAAAGCCAUGGGGUCAUAAUCACAAAUGUCCAUUUAUCGAAAACUUUGCCAUCUUCAUGCCAAAAAAUGCCGCUACAGUCCUCAUGGAGCAGUUCGUCUCGAGGGGGGAAAUGCUGAAGCGAUGGGCGUCGCACACAAGAAGGCUGUGUUCAAUGCAGGCCCUACGGCGGGAUCUACCGCGACAACGGCACGGCUCCAGCCGAUGUCACUGUGGCGUUCCCCCCUCUCUUUCUGCCGUGGAAGGAUUUCUUUUGCCGCGCAUGAUAAAGACAAAUCUAUCCGUACGGGCCGUAUUUUCCCCCGCACGUUCGUUAUGCGAGUUUGGUAGGUUUUGAAAAUUCCCAAGUCUAUCAGGGAGUGGCCUUCUGGUCAGAAGACACAGCCUCAGCAGCAGCCGCCCCAGGUGAGGCAGUCUCAUCCCCGACGGCAGCAUGAACAGCCCGCUGCUCCUCUGAAGGCAGUCCAGGUAUGCUAGCAUCUACCACGCGGCGCAGCGUGCUCAUGCGACGGUCAAAGUCGUCAGCCAACGCCGCGAACUCUUCCUCCCCGUUGGGACCGGGCCCCUGAUGUUGUUGUUUUUGCCGUCUGCGCUCACUGUGGCGCGACCCGCCGCUGCUGGACCCGGACAGCGUCAGGGUGCUGUCCGCCGCCGCCGCCGGGUCGACCCCAACCCCUUCGAUCCUCAGCAUGAGCCCGUUGUCACCGCCGUCACCGCUGCCGUUGUCGUCCUUGUCAUCGCCGGCCUCGGCGCCAUCUCUCGUCUUGCCCUUGCUGCCGACUCCCCCCCCGGGUACGUCGGCGUCCUUGCCGCCUACUCUCGAGACCUGCACGCUCGUCACGGCCCAGUCGGGACUGAGGGAGACGGCGCUGGCCACGGAGAAGGAACCAGGCCUACCGUCGGGGCUCGGUACCAGGUCGACGACGAUGGCGCGGUCGCGAGAUGACCCCGGCGCUGCCGCCGCGGCGCCACCGGAGGAUGUGGGUGGGUGGGGAUGGUCCGCCGCAGCGUCGUCGAGGGCGGCGGUCAGCUCCUCGGGGUCAUCGUCGGAGAAGAUAUAGUGGACGCGGGGGUGGUGUGUUGUGGGGCGGCCGGUUGCGUCGUCGACUAGUGUAAAGACCGGGGUAAAUACGGGCGGUGGUGGCGGUGUCGGUUGGUGCUGUUGUUGCUGCAGGAGGAGGGAUUCCUGCGAGGGCGGUCGCAGCACUCCCGACCGUGGCUGUCUCUGGUGAGUGCUGGUGGAAGCCUGGUCCAGAUUCGAGGUAGGUUGGUCUUGCGAGUUGGAUGAGAGACGACGCCUGUCGAAAUGAUGCGGCGACCCGAGCGGAGGGGUGUUCUGACGGAGAGACCCGACGGGGCUUUUGGUGUUGGAUGCGGCUUCUGAUGAGAAGCGACGCGAGGGUUCCGUCAUGAUGGUCGGCAGGAAGGUAUGUGACAAGGCAGUGACUUUGCGACUUUGGUGCGGCGUCGAUGGCUAUUGUAAGGGCUGAGUAGGGAGGCUUGAGCAAGAGAAGCUCCGACAGUUUGGUGCAUGUUGUUGGGUGUCACAAAGAAGAGAGGGACAAAAAGAGGGAACAGGAUAAAUGAAGAGAAGACAAAAAAAAAAAA